CCAGGUGCGCCGGCCCCACCCACACCUGGCCGAUCCAAGAUGGCGGCGGCGCUGAGGGCGCUGCUGGCGCUGCUCGGUGUUUCCAUCCAGGUGUGCUCCCUGCAGGUGUCGGUACCUGAGCCCCGCACCGUCGCCCUGCUCUUCCAGCCCGUUCUGCUGCGCUGCCACUUCCAGGUGAGCUCACCUGGCGGCCCCGCCCCCAUCGUCACCUGGAAGUACAAAUCCUUCUGCCCGGACACCUGGGCGGGCACCUCACCUGGCAGCACCUGGGGGGACUCACCUGGCGAGGCCGCGGGGGCGUGUCCCGACUCCGCCCGCACCGUGCGCAUCGUGGCCACCAAGCAGGGCGAGCAGGUGACGCUGGGAGACUUCUACCUGGGCAGGGCCGUCACCAUCCGCGGAGCCGCAGAGCUCAGUCUGGGCCCCGCAGCCUGGGGGGACAGCGGGCUGUACCUGUGCACGGUGACCUCGACCAGCGACCUGCAGGGCAACAACGAGGCCGUGGCCGAGCUGGUGGUGCUGGGGUCUCUUCCCGAGGGCUCCCGGCUGCUGCCCGAGGGGACCCUGCCAGACUGGCUGUUUGUGGUGCUGGUGGCGCUGGGGGCGGGGCUGGUGGCGCUGGGGGCGGGGCUGUGCUGGUGCCAGUGCUGCCCCCACACCUGCUGCUGUUACCUGCGCUGCCCCUGCUGCCCGCGCACCUGCUGCUGCCCCGAGGCGCUUUACCUGGCCGGCAAAGCGGCGACGUCGGGCGGAGCCUUCGGCCCCUCCCCCCCCCCAGCGCUGCCCCUGCAGCUCCUCGGCAGCUCGCAGAGCUCUCAGGUGCCGCUGCUGAGGGACAGCGACAGCUCGGCCCCGUCGCUGCCCCCCCCCCUGGCGCUGCGGUUCCUGGAGGAGCGAAUGCAGAGCUGGGGAGGGGGCGGGGCCGGGGCGGGGCCUGCAGGCCCCGCCCUCAGUGACGUCACCUCCCUGCACGAGCCCCCCUGGACCCCUCCCCCCCCCCGCUCGCGCUCGGUGGAGAUUUUGGGGGAGGGGCGGCCCCGGGGGGGGGAGGGGCGGCCCCGGGGGGGGUCCCUGACCCCUCCCCCACCCCCCCGGAACCCCCCGGGACCCCCCCGGAGGCUGCGCAAGAACGACGCCCUGAGCCGCGAGAGCCUCGUGGUGUGACCGGGAUUCCCAAAAAUUCCAGAAUUUUCCCAAAAAUUCCAGAAUUUUCCUCAAAUUCCAGAUAUUUUUGGGCUCAUUUUGGGGCUUUUUUAGUGCCUUAAAUUUUGUUAUUUUUUACUCAUUAAAAUUGGGGGGGAGGGGUCUCUUCCCCCCCCCACGCUGAGAUUUGGCGCCAAAUAAAGA